GGCCGCGCGACCAAUGGUGGAAGCUGCAGCCUGCGAACUAGUCGGUGGCUCCGGCGCCGGCGGGGAGCGGCUCGGCGGCGGGCAGUGUAACCUUGGGUGGGAGCGCGCGGCGCCUCAGAAUGUCCUCCAGUGGCACCCUCAGCAACUACUACGUGGACUCGCUAAUAGGCCAUGAGGGCGACGAGGUGUUCGCGGCGCGCUUCGGCCCGCCGGGGCCCGGCGCUCAGGGCCGGCCUGCAGGUGUGGCGGACAGCCCGGCCGCCGCCGCCGCCGAGUUCGCCUCGUGUAGUUUUGCCCCCAAAUCGGCCGUGUUCUCCGCCUCGUGGUCCGCGGUCCCCGCCCAGCCCCAGGCGGCGGCGGCGAUGAGCGGCCUCUACCACCCGUACGUGCCCCCGCCGCCCCUGGCAGCCGCCGCCUCCGAGCCCGGCCGCUACGUGCGCUCCUGGAUGGAGCCGUUGCCCGGCUUCCCAGGCGGUGCGGGCGGCGGCGGCGGCGGCGGCGGCGGCCCGGGCCCCGGUCCCAGCCCCAGCGGCUCAGCCAACGGGCGCCACUACGGGAUUAAGCCUGAAACCGGAGCGGCCCCGGCCCCCGCCGCCGCCGCCUCCACCUCCUCCACAACUUCCUCGUCCUCUUCCUCCAAACGGACUGAGUGCUCCGCGGCUCGGGAGUCCCAGGGGAGCGGCGGCCGCGAGUUCUCGUGCAACUCGUUCCUGCCGGACAAGGCGGCGGCGGCGGGGGGAACCGGGCCCGGGGCGGGAAUCGGGGCCGGCCCCGGGGCGGGCGGCUCGUCGGAGCCCUCGGCUUGCAGCGACCACCCGAGCCCGGGCUGCCCGCUGAAGGAGGAGGAGAAGCAGCAUCCGCAGCCGCCGCCGCAGCAACUUGACCCAAACAACCCCGCGGCGAACUGGAUCCACGCUCGCUCCACCCGGAAAAAGCGCUGUCCCUACACCAAAUACCAGACGCUUGAGCUGGAGAAGGAAUUCCUCUUCAACAUGUACCUCACCCGGGACCGGCGCUACGAGGUGGCCAGGAUUCUGAACCUCACAGAGAGACAGGUCAAAAUCUGGUUUCAGAACCGUAGGAUGAAAAUGAAAAAGAUGAGCAAGGAGAAAUGCCCCAAAGGAGACUGACCCGGCGUGGUGCUGGCGACAGCGCUUAAAGGCGGCGGCGGGGCUUUCCUUUGUGGGUGCUUGAUUUCCAGAAACUCUCCAGCGACUCGGACUUUUAUUUUUAUUUUUUCUUUUUUAGGUAGCGGUGACUGUGUGAUUGGUCUCUGUGAGGUAUUUGGGGGACUCUGUAUUUGCUCGCUUACGUGUUGGAGAAACCAGUGGCUUUGGGGUUCGCCCUAUCCCACUCCCUCCCUUUUCUGCUCCGUUGGUUCCUUAGGAAAUGCUAUAUUUUGUGAGUGCACGCUGGCUUGAGGAGGCCUCUUCUGUGUAAAUGUCCCCCAUGUUUCUGAAAAGUGCUGUAGCUUAGCCCCCUAGCGCUGCCCAAACAGGGGCCAAGCGCGCCCCAAUUCUGAGAAUGAAGGCAGAGCAAUGACACUGCAGACACGGCAGCUGCUGGCCCAGGCCAAAGCCGGGCCGGUUGCCCACCGUUCGCGAAAGCCCCCUUUCCUCAGGGAGCCUGCGGGCCCUCGGCUGGAGAGAUCUCGAGUGAGGCCUAGAGAGGGGCCCAGGGCCUCGGGUGGGGAUUUGUUCUCACUGCAUUGGAGGAGCUGCUCUAACUCCAGGAGGCUGGGCCCCCAUGGGCGGCUGCGGGUGAUGGCCCUCCCUGUUCCUGCUUGAGGACCAGUUGUAAAUGUUACCGCUUCCUACCAAUAAAUGCUGACCUGAUCAAACGGAGCCCA